AAGUUUCUGCUAGCAAACGCAGUAUAUAAAUAUCCGCGCCCGCAAGUCCGCAAGUAGUGCAAGUAGCCAGCAGUAGCCAGUAAAGUGAACGUUGUAUCGUUUUGAAAUUAUUAUUAUUAUGAUUUUUAAAAUGUAUAAUAGAGUUUUUCAGUGUUACGUUACUGCUACAGCAAAAUUAUAUUGUAAUGGUGUUGUUUAUCCAUUAAAUUAUAAAUUUCAAUUUUCUGCACAAAACCAUGCAUUACUAGCACGAGCCUAUUGUACUAAUAAGUCUCUAAAGAUUGUCCAAGACUAUGAAGAAAUGUAUGAAAAACAAUUAAAUGAAAAGCUAAAAGAUCCAAAUUUUGCAGCAAAGUAUAACAAAUGUAAAUUAGAAGUGGAAGAUUAUCGUUCUCGAUUAUUCAGAAUACCUGAAGUCAUAAAACCCUAUGACUGGUUAGUCUUGCUUGAAACAGACUUUAAGGGACAAAGAAGGACAUAUCUGGAAUAUCGUUGGAAAACAGAAAUGAAACAAUCUAAUGAUAUUAAGAGAAGGGAAAUAAAAAAGAAAAGAAUAGAGAAAAAAAGAGAGGAGACAGGUCCAAGUAAAUAUAGCCUAAGUCACAAUACAUUAUUUUAUCGUAUACGUGAUCAAGCAAUCAACCAUUUUUAUAAUGGUAGAUUAAUGAGCGCUAUGUUGCAUUCACCACCAAUAGUGCUUGAUUUUUCGUAUGAUCAAUACAUGUCACCAUCUGAAAGGCAACUUUGUGCAAAACAAUUAUUACUUACAUUCUCAGAGAAUCGAGUACACGAUGAUCCUUGUAACCUUUAUUUUUGUAAUGUCAAUAGACAAAGCAUAACUAUGCAAAAAUUGCAUAUAACGAUACCAACAAUGUAUGACCCAGAUUUUCCACUAAAUAUCACUUCAAAAUCUUAUUUAGAAAUAUUUGAUAAAUCCAGAUUAGUAUAUCUUACACCAGAUUCUAAUCAGAUUAUGACACACUAUGAUCCUAAUUCUGUGUACAUAAUUGGUGCAUUGGUAGAUAAGGUCAAUAAUCAACCAUGUUCAGCUCAAAAAGCUAGAAGAGAAGGUAUUAAAAUGGUUAGAUUACCUUUAGCUGAAAAGUUACAGUGGGGCAUAGGAUCUACAAAAACCCUUCCUCUUAAUCAUAUGCUUAGUAUAUUGUUAGACUUAAAAUAUACAAAUGAUUGGAAUAUAGCAUUACAACAUAUACCUAGGAGAAAGCUUAAAGAAGAAAGAGAAAAGGCUGUUUUAAAUAAAUUUAAAAAGAGACAAGAAUUGAUAGAAUCCCUAAUAAAGAGUAAUUAAUACUUUAUUGUUAGUUACAAUAACUCUUAAAUAAAAUUUUAAAUAUACAUUGAAGUGUAAAUUUUGUUAAACUAUUUUAUUCUUCAUGUAAGUGUAAUAAAAAUAUUUAAUACUUUUGUUAAUUUAAGUAUUGAGCUAAUUUUACCAAUACAAGAAGUACAUAUUAGCUUGAAUUUGAUGUAAAUAAAAGUUUGUAUAACAUU